GGAGUAUUAGUUUCGAGUGUACUUAGGUGAAGAGUGUGCUAUGAACCAUUUAUAACAAUAACAAUGUGAAUUUGAAUUAGGCAAAUUUUGUAAAGUUUAUUUAAUGUUUUGAUUUUAUAUUCGAAAAUUAUGUGCCUACUCAUACUCGUAUAUGAAUGUAGUGAUUCGCGAAGUUGUUACAUUAAUAUUCAAAUUACAUAACCUAUACUUGUCAUAACCUCAGUUCUAAUAAUGCAGUCUGCCUCAUUUAUUGAAUUUAUCGUACUGGGUGUCAGCAAUGUCAAAGCUUCGUUCAAUGACAGUCGUCACAUUUCAUUUUAUAAAUGACACGUGAUUGUUUGUGUUCGUUUCGUCAUUGUAUCCACUUAACCGAAAUGGAAUUACUCCAGUUUGUGGAAAACUCUAAUAGCUUUGGCAAUAUUGCCAGUCUUGGCCCGCAGUGUAUUGUAUGUAAUUGUGGAUCUCUUAGUACUUAUGUUGACCUUGGUUUAAUGACUUCUGUUACUAGUCAGACUGAGACCCCUUUAAAAGAAAAAAUUAAAAACAUUUUAAAUAACAAGUGGGUUUCUGGGAUAUCAGAAACAGCAUUUAGUCUUUGUUUACAAUGUUUUCAUUUGGUUGAUCAGUAUGACAGUUUAGAGGCACAAAUGAAAAUUAUACAUAAUGAAAUAUGUAAUAAAUAUGUUAAUGGUCAUGGUAUUAUCCACUCUGUUCAAACUUGUGAAAAACCUGAGUCACAGCAUUGUAUUGCAAGUGCGGUGAAUGGAGACAGGACAAAACGAACAACUUCAUCUAAAAGGACAUCAGGAAGUAAGAGAAAGAAAGCAUCUUUGGAUAACAUCCCUACUUUACACGCACAGAUUGUGCAGCCGCUGGCGGUGUACGACGAGGGCGACGCGUGCGCGGCGGGGCUGCGCGCGGGCGAGCGCGUGCGCGUGGGCACGGCGCUGGGCGAGGGCGAGGGCCAGGGCCUAGCGUGCAGCUACUGCUCCGCCGCGGCCUUCCCCGACGCCGCCGCGCUGCGCCAGCACGCGCGCCUCGUGCACCGGCCUCGCGUGCUGUCGGCGGCGCUGCCGCCGCACCUGGGGCUGGGCGCGCGCGCCAACUGCGGCGUGGAGCUGUCGGCCGUGCAGCCGCGCCCGGGCGCCGCCCACGCGCGCCCCUUCGUCUGCAUCGCGUGCGACGGCGCCUUCAAGUUCAAGAGCAACCUGCAGCUGCACUUCAAGGACAAGCACUCGCCGCACACGCCCUUCGCCUGCGCCGACUGCCGCGCCGCCUUCCGACGGCCCAUCGAGCUGUCGCGCCACCGCGUCUACUACUGCCCGCUGCGCAAGCGGGCCCCCGACCCGGCCCCGCCCGCCCGCAAGCGGUAG